GUUAGAAAUUAUUCCUAUUUUUGCCUUUUGCCCCCUCCUCCUGCUUUCAGUGCUUCACGCUUCCACCACAGACAUCACAAUAAGAUAGUCGAAACAACGCGCCAAGAGGAAAAAGUGGGGCCGCAGCUUCGUGACGCAGCAGCUCUGUGUGUGUGUGUGUGUGUGUGUGUGUGUGUGUGUCGCUUCCGUUAGCGUGCCUUCGUCUGCACAACACGCUUGUCUUCCAUACUCGUGUUUCAAGCGGAGGAACCGCCAGCCGCAGCCACAGCAGCGCGAAACCCAAGAGAAAAGAACAGUCAUUAUGCCAAACCCCAUUGUGCGACUCGGCAAGGAAUUGAAAGAGGCAACGGAGCAUCCCGAUCCGGAUAUCCACCUCGAGCUCUACGACGCCUCGCACACACCUGGCAGCAGCACCGGUACCCAUGCGACGUCGCAGCCCAGCCUGUACCUGUGGCUGGCCAUCCUUAAAGGACCGCCUGACACCCCCUUUGAAGGCGGCAGCUACAAGCUCCUCUUGACGAUCCCGCAGGACUACCCACUUGUUCCACCCAAGGCAGCGUUCAUCACGAAGGUGUUCCACCCAAACGUGGAGUUCAACAGCGGCAAUGUGUGUCUCGACAUCUUGAAAAAGCGCUGGUCGCCUGUGUGGACUCUGAGCUCUGUGUGCCGAGCCAUUUUAAACUUGCUGGCGGAGCCGGAGUCGGACAGUCCUUUUAACUGCGACGCCGGCAAUCUUCUCCGCGCGGGCGACACGGAGGGGUACGCGAGUUUGGUUCGUCUCUACGCCAUCACAGAUGCCGACGCACCUCCCUUUGUCGAUUAG